CUCAUCACCAUCAUCCCUAGUAAAACGAUGCGCUUCUCUUCAAUAUUUCUCGCCCUCGUCACGGCGGCUUCACAAUGUUUGGCGACAAGCUGCGAUUUUGAUGGCGGCUUUUCCGUUCGUCGGUCGGAUGGGUGCGGAGACGACACGGUGAGCUGUAAAGCUGGCGCCAGCUCGAGAUGUUGUCCUCAGGGCUCCUGGUGUUUUUACACAGCACCUGACAGAGGGGGCAAUGCCUAUUGUUGCCCGGAGAACAGCGAUUGUCUAAAAGACAUUUUGAAUUAUCCUCAGUGCGCGUAUGGCAAUCGAACUAUCUGGGUUGGAGAGGGUCGCGAGGUGAAGCAAUCAUUCUGUUGUGACUCUGGCUACCAAGGAGUAAUUCGAGCAGAUGGCGUUGGCGCCGCUUGCUCCCAAGGCUCGUCAAUGAGCAAGGGCGAGACUAGAGCGAGUCGGUUCGAGCCUGAUGCGACCUGCGUCGACACUUCGACCACGAUUGCGAGUACGAAUAGCGCCGACACAACGACGAGCGAAGCGGCGCAGACAACCUCGGCCGAGUCUGAAGCAGAUACAGAUACAGACGAUGACUCUUCCAUCAGUGGAGGGGCCAUUGCCGGGAUUGUAAUAGGCAGCGUCGCAGGCGUCGCACUGAUCGCUGCAGCCGCAUUCUGGCUCUUCAGACGAAGGGCAAAGGGCCAGAACAAGGAACAAAAAGCACCAUACUCAAAUGUCGAAUAUGGCGAGGACAAUGUCAACCGUUAUGCUGCUGGAGGGUACCCCCCGACAGAGUUGGAUACCCCCCAGAGCCCACCGCAAGAGCUGGCUGGGAAGGAGAUCCGGCGUGAGGAGCUUCCUGAAGGUCCGCGGCAGACAUGA